ACAGUACAGCAUACAGAAUAUCCGACGUCAGUGUAAGCAAAGUAAGCAAUAUGAUUUCAACAAUUUUAAUUAUAUCAGGUGCUUUAUGGGCAAUUUAUUAUUUAAUUGGAUUGUACAAUGAAACGUAUUGGAAAAAACGUGGUAUCAAAUUCCACCCGAAGAACAAAGUUUUCGGUCCUAUGGGAGAGUUUGUAACAUCAAAACGAGCGCUGUUUGAAAUUUUCAAUGAUAUAUAUAAAAUGUAUCCUAAUGAGCCUGCAGUUGGUGUCGGGUCCUUUCUGGCUCCUGCACUCUACGUCAAAGAUCCACUCAACGUGCAACAUGUUUUAAAUAUUGAUUUCAACGCAUUCAAUCACAGAGGAUUUGAAAUGAAUGAAGAUGACAAGCUAAGCGAUAAUGUUCUUUUUAUGAAUGGUAAUAGAUGGAAGAUCAUGCGUCAGAAUAUGACACCACUCUUUACGGCAACCAAAUUGAAAAGCAUGUAUUAUAUAUUAGAUCGUAGUGCCGUAGAUUUUGUAAAUUACUUGAAUAAGAGACCAGAACUAUUAAAGAAGGACACUUUACAUACGCUUACCACUUUCUGUAAUGCCGCUAUUGGAGCUGCCGUCUUUGGUAUAGGAAACGAAUCCAUUUUUGAUUCACCUUUCCUUGCAAUGGCUGUUGAAAGCAUGAAAAUGAAUACUAUACGUAACAUCCAAUUUGCCAUCGGCUCUCUCAAUUAUAGAUUAUUUAAACUAUUGGGAAUCAAAGUAUUUAAGAAACACGAAGAAUUCUUCAUAUCAGCUAUAAAGCAAGUGAUUCGGAAAAGAGAAGCAGAGAACGUUAAAAAACAUGAUUUUGCAGAUUUAUGUGUUGGUUUGAUAAAUAAGGGUACGUUGAAGGACCGUGACACUGGCUUAGAAAUAGAACCAAGUGAUGAGAUAUUAGCAGCUCAAGCGUUCUUCUUCUUUCUCGCCGGGAGUGAACCCAGCGCUUCUGCUAUGUUUGUUACGCUAGUAGAGUUGGGCAAGAAUCCAGAGCCACUGAAACGUGUUCACGAAGAAAUCGACAAUUCGUUUGAGAAAUAUAAUAACACAAUGACAUAUGAUUCUAUCCAAGAGAUGGAGUAUUUAGACAUGGUGUAUAAUGAGGCUUUAAGAAUGUAUCCACCGAUUGGUUUUUUGACAAGACAGUGCGUUAAGGAUACUGUAUUGCCUACUGGGAACAUAAGAGUUUCAAAAGGAACGAAGAUAUUUACUCCUAUAUUUGAAGUCCAUCAUGACCCAAAACUUUUCUCUGAUCCGGAAGUUUUUAAUCCAGAUAGAUUUUCACCUGAAAAUCGGCACAAGUUACCUAAUAAUAUGUAUAUGCCUUUCGGUGAAGGUAAGAGAUUGUGCAUCGGUGUCAGAUAUGCGACUCUACAAGUAAAAGCAGGUUUAGUUCACUUGUUACGUCACUUUACUGUUAAAACCCACAUUGGUGUAGAAGGAAUCAAAUACGGUAAACAGAGUAUGCAAGUGAGGCCAGCCAAUGUUGACAUUGAACUCAUACCUCGCGAUCUGAAGUAAUAAUACUGAAGAAACAAAGAUAUUUUCAUACAACACU